CUGGAAGGUAUAAGUACUUGUAAACUGCCUUUAAUGUUCAGUUUAACUUUUUUUUGGAUUCAUUCCACCAGGCGUCGUUUUAUAAUAGUUAUCAGUAAUCAUUUUUGCAAUGGUGUUUUAUUUUUGGAUACUAUAGUUUGAAUAAGAACGCCAACAAUGUUAUGCACAAAAUGGAAAAUCUUAGCGUUGUGACAACCAUUUUAUUUCUCCUAAUACAAGACUGCUCUGAUGCCGAAAUUUCAUUAUGUCCUCUGGAUUUUUAUCAUGAGAAAACGCAAGAAAAAAUGGACCAAGACAGAGAGGAAAUUAGUACUGGAUUAACUAUUCGUGAUAUUUUACCAACGGAUCCAAGCAAAUAUGACAAAAUGAGACCACCAAAAAGAGAUGGAAAUCCUACCAUUGUUCAUUUUCACGUUACAGUUAUGGGUCUUGAUAGUAUUGAUGAAAAUUCCAUGACAUACGCUGCUGACAUAUUCUUCGCACAAACUUGGAAGGACCACAGAUUAAGAUUGCCUGAAAAUAUGACCACUGAAUAUCGGCUUUUGGAAGUGGAAUGGUUAAAAAGUAUGUGGAGACCUGAUUCGUUUUUUAAAAACGCAAAAUCUGUAACGUUUCAAACGAUGACAAUCCCAAACCAUUACAUGUGGUUGUAUAAAGAUAAAACGAUAUUGUAUAUGGUAAAACUGACAUUGCGAUUAUCUUGCGCAAUGAAUUUCAUGAUAUAUCCACACGACACGCAAGAAUGUAAAUUACAAAUGGAAAGUCUCUCGCAUACUACAGAUGAUAUGAUUUUCCAAUGGGAUCCUGAUGUUCCAUUGGUAGUCGAUGAAAACAUUGAACUACCUCAAUUAGCGCUGGUAAAAAACAAUACAGCAGAUUGUACUCAAGUAUAUUCAACAGGAAACUUCACAUGUCUGGAAGUAGUUUUUGUGCUAAAGAGGAGACUGGGUUAUUACUUAUUUCAUACUUAUAUUCCGACAUGCUUGAUAGUUAUUAUGUCGUGGGUAUCGUUUUGGAUUAAACCUGAGGCAGCUCCAGCACGAGUUACUUUAGGAGUAACAUCUUUACUUACUUUAUCCACACAACAUGCGAAAAGUCAGGCUGCUUUACCGCCAGUAUCGUAUCUAAAAGCUGUAGAUGGUUUUAUGUCCGUUUGCACCAUAUUCGUUUUCAUGGCUUUGAUGGAGUAUUGCCUUGUAAAUAUCGUACUAGGAGAUUCGGACGCCCCAAAACCACCAGAGAAAAAUCCACCGAAUAAUUUAGAGAAAACUUCCAAGGAAAAUUCAUUAUUAUUGACUAGCAGCAAGCCGCCAUCAAAAGGAGGAAUACCUCUGGCUAUAAGACAAAGAAAUAAUGCUAUAAAUAUCGAUAGAUUCUCUAGAGUGUUUUUUCCUUUGUUAUUUACUGUUCUUAAUUGCACUUACUGGAUUCUAUUUGCAGAAUAUAUUUAAUAUCAUUUUUCUUUCAUGUAAAAUAGGAAAAGUAAUAUCUAUAAAUUAAAAAAUAAUAAUUUCAAUGUGUAAUUUUUUGUCAAAAGAUCGAAACGUAUUUUAAUGAUAAGUUUAUUCUAGAAAUUUUGUACAUUUAAAGAUAAAUAGAUAAUGUAAAAAUAUUUUCUCACAAAAAUCGUUGCCAAUCGUUUUAUUUUGUAGGAUAUGAUUGGAAAAAUUUAUUGGAAUUUUUUGGUAAUAAUAAUCGAAGAUUGUAAUAGAUAUAGAUAAUAAAUAAAUUUAAAAAUAAGUGAUAAUCGGUAUAAUACAAUAUCAUGUUUAAAAUGUUGCCUGUUCAAAAUAAUUUCUGAAUCCUGAUCUCCUACAAAGUGCUGGCAAUGUCAAACCUUCAGUCGUUCUUUGCUUGUAAAGGAUCGAAUAGUAAAUGAAGUUCGCAUGUGCAAGAAAUGAAAGAACGUUUUAUCGACGUUGCCUUUAAUCAGUCGGUAGCUGGAUACCGAUCGCUAACUAGUCCUGUGAAUGGCAAUAAUGAUUGUGUCCUUUCUUUUUCCGCAUUUGCAAGUACUAUUUACUAUUCACUUCAACACAGGUAAAGCAAGAACAAAAGUUCUUGCCAGCACUAUAGAAUUCAACCAUUUUUGUGCGAAAUCAAUUUAUAAUAUUAAAAUCUAAAAUCUGUGUUUUAUUUUAUCAAUAUUUUUUUUUAAAGGCAUUUGGUUAUUGGUUACUUAUGUAGGAUAAUUAAAUAUUUGACCCGCUUUAAGCAAUCUAUAUAACUAUAUUAUAUCAUUGACCUUGGCCUAGUCAAAGACAACAGGUCCACAGCGUUGCCAUAUCAUAAACCACAGGUAUCAUUUCAAAAGAUAGUUUUAUUGUUAUUUUGUGCUCUAAUAAAAUGUAAUUUUCAUAUUCAAUACUGAUUUAAAAUCACAGAACAAACACCACCUUCGUUAAAACUGUAAUUAAAUUGAUUUGACAUAAAAAAAGGUAAUAAUUAUAAAAAGAAUUGGAAAUGACAGGUUUGUUCUGGUUCUCAAAAUGAAAACUGUUUUGAAACUGCGCCGGACUGUAUGCGUAAAGGCAAAAAAUCCCCGACUGUUUGAAAUUGUUGGAAAACCAGAACACAUAAAGGUGUUUUGUUUAUUGUUUAUUAUAAUAAUGAAGUUCCUUUUGAAAGCUCAGCUUCAAAUAACAUUUGCAUGUAUGUUUACCAUUAUCAUCACAUUUCAAUGGAAUAAAUAAAAACAGAAUAAUAUUAAAAAAUUAAUAAUUCUAAAAUUGCUUUAAUUUACAAAUAAAACAAGAACAAGAGACAUUCGUCCACAUAUAAAUAAACAAUUUGGGAUUGUAUACGUUUCGUAUAGUCUAAAAAGCCAAUACAAUAUUCAUAACACUUCAAAAACGCAUGCGCGGUCAAAACAGUCCGAGUCGAUCCACACUCCCAAGCAUGAACACUUUUUGACUGUUUACAACAAUCACGGAUUAUUUCGGAUAUGAAACCAGAACACUGGACUGAGAGAUCUGAAGUAGUCCCAGAAAAACCAGAACACUUUUUAUCUACUGCGCAUGAGCCCGACAGUUGUGGAUCGUUAUUUCUCAAAACCAGAACAGACCU